AGGAAGAUAUAACGGAGGGGGGGAGUGUGCACUGUGCAGCUGACUACAGAGAGGGAGAAGGAUAGAGAGAGAGAGAGAGAGAGAGAGAGAGAGAGAGAGAGAGAGAGAGAGAGCAGCUCGCCGGCCCAUUGAGGAAAGAUGGCUACAGUCACUGCAAACGGAGUGCAGCAAGAGAAUGGAUUCAGCACCACGAACAGCGCCGGCAGGAUGAACGGGCUUACCAUCGGCCAGAACACCAUUCCAAUGAAGGACCACGACGCCAUCAAGCUUUUCAUCGGGCAGAUUCCCAGAAACCUGGAGGAAAAAGACCUGAAACCCCUGUUUGAGGAAUUCGGAAAGAUAUACGAACUCACUGUACUGAAAGACAGGUUUACGGGAAUGCAUAAAGGAUGUGCCUUUCUAACAUACUGUGCCAGAGAGUCAGCACUGAAGGCCCAGAGCGCCCUCCAUGAACAGAAGACUCUGCCAGGGAUGAACCGGCCCAUCCAGGUGAAGCCAGCCGACAGCGAAGGACGAGGAGAAGACAGGAAGCUGUUUGUGGGAAUGCUCGGCAAGCAGCAGAGUGAGGACGACGUCCGGAGGCUGUUCGAGACCUUCGGCCAGAUCGAGGAGUGCACCGUCCUGCGAGGGCCUGAUGGGGCCAGUAAGGGCUGUGCCUUUGUCAAGUUCUCCAGCCACGCAGAAGCGCAGGCCGCCAUCAACAGCUUACAUGGUGGACAGACUAUGCCUGGUGCCUCGUCCAGUCUGGUGGUCAAGUUUGCAGACACUGAUAAGGAAAGGACCCUGCGCAGAAUGCACCAGAUGGCGGGCCAGCUCGGCAUCUUCAGUCCCAUGACUAUCCAGUUUGGGGCCUAUGGCGCCUACUCUCAUGCUGUAAGUCUCAGCCCGGCGGGGGAGGAGACGCAGAUGAUGCAACAGCAAGCAGCCCUGAUGGCAGCAACACAAGGGUCCUACCUGAACCCCAUGGCAGCCAUCGCUGCCGCGCAAAUGCAGCAAAUGGCAGCUUUCAAUGUCAAUGGCCUGGUGGCUACUCCCAUGACACCGUCCUCAGGCACCAGCACACCCCCGGGCAUCUCUGCCACAGCCGUGCCCAGCAUAGCCGCUCCUAUCGGGGUCAACGGAUUCAGUGCCCUCCCGCCUCAAAGCAAUGGGCAGCCCACCUCUGAGCCCAUCUACACCAAUGGUAUUCACCCUUACCCAGCACAGAGUCCAACAGUGGCCGACCCUCUCCAACAGGCUUAUGCUGGCGUCCAACACUACGCAGCAGCCUACCCUGCCGCCUAUGCGCCAAUCAGCCAAGCGUUCCCCCAGCAACCAACCAUCAUUCCCCAGCAACAGAGGGAAGGGCCAGAAGGUUGCAACCUGUUUAUUUAUCACCUGCCCCAGGAGUUCGGAGAUGCGGAGCUCAUGCAAAUGUUCCUGCCUUUUGGCAACGUCAUCUCUGCCAAAGUCUUUGUGGACCGAGCGACCAAUCAGAGCAAAUGUUUUGGCUUUGUGAGUUUUGAUAACCCAUCCAGUGCUCAAGCCGCUAUCCAGGCCAUGAACGGUUUUCAGAUAGGCAUGAAGAGGCUGAAGGUGCAGCUAAAGCGGCCAAAGGAUGCCAACCGACCUUACUGACUCGUCUGCUGUCCAUACCCAGGAUGAAGGGCCACAACACCUUAUUUCCACAAGUGCAGUAAAAGUACAAAGACUUCUUGCUCUGCUACAUAUCAUGAAGGAAGGGUGGUCCCUUGAUCCUGCUGGAAACCCGUUGAAAGAUUGGGUGACUGAGAGAGGGAUCCAAGAGUUGUUGUUUUUUUGUUUUUUUUCCUUUUUUCUCUCUUCGCAAAUGCCUCUUUUUUCCCUGUUUUGCUUUGGCGUCUGUGGAAGAAGAUUUUUUGCAGAGACCAACUUUUUGCUGCUGUUUUUUAGACAUGAUGGGAAAAAAAAACCUUUAUAGACUCAUUAUGCUCAAAGCAUGCAUACUGACACAGGAUAUAGAUAAACACACAUAAACACAGAAAACAAACCAAACAUACACAUUUAAGGAUGCUACACUUAAAAAAAAAAAGAAAAAUGAAAAAAAAAACUACUUUGUACAUGUAUACAUACGUGCAAAUGCCAACUCAAGUACUGAAGCAAACACAUGCGUGUGCGCACACACACAUACACACAAACACACACACCAGCCUGCUGCCAUUUUGGUUUUUGUGCCUACACAGGUGUUGUGCUCUGUGACAGGGCAAGCUCUGGAUCAAAGAAGAAAAUGAGAAGAAGAAGAGGAGAGAAGAGGAGAAUCCAGGAUAAUUUACAUGCAUCAUUCCUUAGGAAAUAGGGACCAAAGGACUAAACGCUUUUUAAAAGAAUAUAAAUAUAUAAAUAUAUAAAUAUAUAUUUAAAAACUCAUACCUUGUAGCUGCAAGUAUUACAAUUUACUCGUAGUCAAAAAAAAUCAUUAAAUCAAUAUCCAGUGGCCUACUGUAAGUACGAAUAAAAGAAAAUGGAAAUAAUGUAUAAAAAAAGACAUGGGAUAGUAGUAUAGGGGCUGAUCUUUUGCUCUGGAUGCUGAUUUAGCACCAGGUUGUAGUAUAGUAAAGUAGAUUAGAAAAAAAAAAGUAGAUUUGCUAACUUUUGCUGUUGUUUAAAAAAUACUUGAAGUUGUAAUGAAACAGGGGCAAAAGAGGGGGAAGGAAAACAUUCAUCUGCCCCUGUACGCAACGAGUCUCUUCUCUUGGAUUUUAAGGUACCAGCCACUGGAUAUCUCGCUCAUCAUGAUGUAUAAGUCACCGCACUCUCUGACAGCUAUGAACAGCCUGUUCUGGAAGAAAAAAAAAAGAAUGAAGAGAGAAAAAAAGACUGAACUUACUAAUGUCUGUGCUGGACAGGGUGCAGACGUUUAAGGCUUCUCACUGGCCUUUGUGUUCAAGCGACAAUCCACUGUAAAGACCAAGCAAAAUGGACAUGGUGUGUCUUUUGUUUCUUUCUUUUUUUUCUUGACCUUUUGUAUUGCAACAAGGAGUGUGAAUUGAGAAGCCACACAUUGUUAAAAGGAGAUGGUUCUACUAAGAAAGAUGGACAAAUGGAUGGUCAUGAGGGAAACAGAAUGGGAGGAGGAGUAAGGUGACAGCUACUGAAACUGCCAGCAGAAUGAACUUAGUACACAAAUGAAUUGGCCCUUGUGGCAUCAGAAUUCUGUCACAAAACAAAGAAUGCCCAUUGUAAACAACCAGAAGUGACAUGCCAAGGAUAUGUGUGUCCACUGGAGCUGCUGCAAAACUCCAGAUUGAGAAAAAUUGCCUCUUGUCUCUGGGCAGAUACAAACAAACAUUUCUCUGAAGACAAACUCAAUUUACUGUAUUGAUGGCAAAAGGGCGCAGGCUUUUAGAGCUCAUUUAGCUCUGUCAAAUAUAAUGUAAAUUCCAUUAUUAACAUGUUCCCUGACUUGCUUUCUUCAUAUAUUAUACAUAGAGCCUAAGGAAAAAAGCUAGUGCUUAAACAGACUAUAUCUAAAUUAGAUCGAACAGUCACUCUUAACCAUCACUCAGCUCGCUUGUAGCCUUUCUGAUACUGCAGCAGGACAGAGUAAAGUACUCCAGGACUGUCAUGUCUUGAGUUAGAGUCCUAUAGCCUUUAUUUUGACUGUUUUAGAGCUCUAGAUGCAGGUUCUUCUCUUAAAGCAGAUCAAUAUGUUUGGAAUGGGUCUAGAGGGAGGAACAAUGCUGUUUCAAUCAGUCUGAACACUUCCCAAUUUUCUCUGUCGAACACCAGCUCACAUCAGUACACCAGCCCUUUGAGCACUGACAGCUGGCAGUAAGAGGCAUGGCUAGGCAAGAAGGAGAGAGGGAGGCAAAGAGAGGAAGUCAACAACCCAACAUGACAUUGAGAUCCUUUAAACUGAUGCUUCUAGGAUGAUGCUCAAUGACUUAAUCCCUAAAAUUAGAAGCUGUAAUAAAGCUCCUUGUGACACACGCUAGAUAUCUUGGCUAUAUGUUUUCAAAGAACAGGAUUAAAAGGUUCAAAUGGGAAUGGAAUCUGUUACCUUAGGUUCCAGUCCAACCAGUACCUUUUUGCUAUGGAGACUUUUCUCCUUGCCUCUUUCUCUAUCUUUCUUUAGAGAGAAAAGCAGACCAGAUAUAUUCCAAUUCACUGAAGGAGGGACUGAUAAAAAUGUGCCAGCAGAUUCCAGACUCUUCAGUGUACUACCAUUCUCUGUCAUUUAAAUAAGCAGAAGGUCUUGAUUUGAGUCCUUGAUAUCAGCGUGCCAUGUAUGUCCUCUCUUUCCCCUGUCCCAAGAGCAGCCAUGCCUUUCCAAACCUCAGCCCAACUGUUCAGCGGCUCUCCCCUUGGAACAGCAUUUUCGAACCUGGCUAAUGUCUGUGCUCACUACCCUUCAAUUAUCUCCUGCACCGUAUUAGACAUGCUAUUUCACCUUUCCCUCUAAUCACACUGUAAUCACCAGCCUCUAUACAUUAGCAGCAACCAAGUGAAAAAUCACCAGGAUAAUCACUUGGACCAAAUGACGGGAGAGACGGUCCCCUGCAUGCACAUGGAUGACAGAAGGAAGAUUAGAGAGAAUUAUGUUUGUGCCUACUCCCUGGCAAGGCUGCCGACAGCUGACCUGGCACCAAUAAUACUGCCAAAUUUACCCGAAGAGGCAAUGGAGGAUGUGGGAUAAAACCCUCCAUAUCAUAGCGAGGUCUUAAUAUUGCAAAGUAGAUUGAUGUUACCAAAAAUGAAAAGAGAAAGGUGGGUGACAAAAUUUAUGAAGCCCCCCCCCCCCUUAGCACAACAUUGCAACAACAGUUGCUUAAAAAUGGGUCGAAAGCAGCAACUUUGCUGGAAAUCCUCAAUUCUGUAAAAGCAGCUGCUGUAAGAACUGUGUUAUUGUGCUUCUUCUUUCAGCAUGUAAUUGUGUCUCAACUAUCUCUACAGAGGCCGCAAUUUUUUACAAAACAACUUGCUCUACACUUCUUUCUUUUACUGGCUUGUAUCCCUGCUGGGACACCUGCAAAGCACAGUAUUGUUCAACAGUGAAAGAAUAUUUGUGAAGCACAGUAGUUCUUCAGAUGCAAAGUGAUGCCCAUCAAAAUGACAGCUUUUUAAAGAUUGCCUUCAAAUACAUGAAGGCGAAAACCCCGCCCUCCUUCCUCAGCCCAUGAUUGGACAUUAGGCGGAAGUGCAGGAAGCUACAUGAAAUGUAGUGAUGCGAAGUAGGUCAAAACAAAGCCAUGGUCUCCAAACCAUUUGUGCUCAUUAUUCAUGUGAAGCUGAACUAAUCGAUGAGAAAUCUAAUGUUCCAUGAGCAAUCAAAUUUCCUGUGCUUGUCUCGGCCAUCUUUACAAUACGUUCUGCAAGUGAGGCUCUGUCAGGCUGAACAUGAACCCUGCAUGCCUGCUCCACUGAUCUUCUCUGUCUCGUACCAGAUGCUGUACUAGUUCCCACUGCUAAUGGCAGGUUGAGUCCCCAGUGAGCCAAAACCCAGCCUAGCCUAGUAUCCUGCUGUCUGCUUGGCUAACAGUGCAGUGUUCAUGUAGCAUCUCUGCUAUGCCAGGGCUAAAUUAGGCAAUAUGAAAUCAGCACUUCAACACUUUUAACAAGGGUGCUCUUGUACUUUUACACCCCAGGGAGGAUGUUACUGAAGUGACGUGCAUUAAAAACAGAAAUAGCUAUGAAACAUAUUCUGGAAGUACCAAAACAAGAAAAGACUGUUUUUCAAUCAUUUCAUUCCGCCAUUUAUUGACAAGAGUCUCUGCCUGCCCUGCUCCCAGCCUCAGUGUGGUCUGGUUUUUACUGUAAUCCAGGCCGUGUUUCACCUCUAAGAGCAAUGACAAAUGUCAACCCAGCAGGCACUCACCAAGCUGUUGCCAAAAUACUAUUUGAUAUUUGUCCUCUAAUUUAAAAAGAUAAAAUGGAACUUUGAAUUUUAGUCAAAAGGAAUUAGUAUGACUCUAAUUAAUUGACAGAAUAUUUAGCAUUUAGCAAAACCCUACAAGGACAUGUCAAAAAUGAUGUUAGCUUCUCUGUAGCCAUCAGGUCUUUGUUUAGCAUCUCACACUCAAGUACAGCCAGUUCUGAUACAAUAAGCAUUUAGACCACAUGCUUCUGUGCCACAGAUGCAUGUACCCGCUCUGACCUUAUAUCCUUAAAUGAGAAAUGGGGGGGGGGUGUAUAUGUUGUAUACCUAUUUCCUCAGUUGUCACCACUACACCACUGCUCACAAGGUUAGUCCUCUAGAGGAGCAUGUAUCCUUAGAGGGCCCCAGCCAAUGGUGGGGCCAAACAGAGAACUGCUAGAGCAUGUCUACAAGUCUCCAACCCCCUGGGUGCAUAACACUCACCCUAAAAUAGCAGUGAUUGUCAAGGAAAGGAAGUGAAAUGUAAUUGACUGAAAGUGGAGAGAUAAUUAAAGGAACCUGUUGGACAGGAGGGAAGAAAUUAAUGCCUCUCAUUUAAUAGCUGCUUUGGGAGAGAGCUUUUCCGUCAUCUCACUUUAGCGCAGAAAGGGUUUUGCUGUGGAAAUGGGAUUUGUAUGGAAAAAGGUGGAGGUGGAAAUAGGCUUUGGGUGGUGGGGGUGCUGUGUGCUAAACUGAAACUCCACAAAAUCACUCCCAAUACUCAGGGCAUCAGGCGCUAUGAUGUCACGAUUAGUGGAGAGGUUCAGAGCCUUGCCUUACCCCUGCUCUUGAGAGAGGUCGAGCAGAAUCACAAAUGUGAGGUCAGUGCUGUAAGAUCGCAUCCCAUCGCAGGGAGUGCUGAGCCAGCAGAAGGGCUGAUGAACCACCCAAAUUGUGCUUUGGAUUUAUAGUAUCAUCCUCCAAUUUCAAGAGUAACAAACACAAACAAAAAAAAAAUGAUGCCAGUGUCCACCUUACACCGCACAGUGAAUCGCUGGAGGUGUUCGACUGUGUUUAACAACAUGGCUGACAGUAAUGAAGACAAAGACUUUUUCUAUUCCUUAAUGUAAAUAGCCUAUAAAAAUACAAAAACAGAGGGAGGUUGUAUAGCAGCUUGUGUUGAGAAGCCCAACUCUGUGGGACAAUGAUGUCACUAUAAAAUGUAUCCACAGCAGUGCAGGGAUCUAGGAUAAUUUUUAGUCCUUGUAAGCCCCUUAAGUUUGGGCUCUGAUAUAACAUGCAUCCUACAACCCUAAGCAUCGGACCAAGGCUUAGAGUAUUUGACUUAGUGUCAAACCUAAGCCACGGCCCCGAAGUGAUCCGUUAAUUAAGAUUCUGUGUACACCGACAUGUCAUGAUUUUUCUGACAGAAGAAAGAUCGCCUACGCGGUAAUUGGAUUAGUUCAAUUGGGGCUGAUGAACAGAUAUGACAGUGACAGUAGAGUUCAUCCAUCUGCAUGCUUACCGCUUAACAGUGCAACAAAAAAAAGCAUCAGCCACCACAAUUCUUUGGAAGUGAAAGUUUGGGCUUUACAACAUUUAAGGAAGUUAGUUAUACAAAAUGAAACUCCAGGUAACAGUUUGUUCAACAUGUACAUAAAUCAUCGUUUAAUACACAUGGUUAGGCUGAGAUUGGAGGAAGGGGACAAACAAGAGAGCAAUUAUUGUAGAACCCAGCAGAUCCCCCUGCCUGCUUGACCCAAUCUGCCACUGCUCUCCUGACCACACAGCUGCGUUACUCCUGUACAUACAAUAUAGCUUAUUUUUCAAUUCUGUUGAACCUUCUUUAUAGGCCGUACAAUAGAUCAUGUUAAAACAUUUAAAAAAGUAAAAGAAUAGUUAAUAUAUUUCAGUGAAACUAAGAGAAGGAACCUAUGAAAUAAUUUAUCAAAAACAGAAGAUAAAAUGAUGUUAUUUCUUGUACAGUGAAGCACUGAUGUUCAAAAAUGGGAUUUUAUACUCAUGUUAGUAAAUGAUUCUUUAUUUUCUCUGUUUUAUUUUCUUAUUAUCUGCAGAAGCUGGGAUAGACCCAUUGUCAUGAGGUUUGUUUGUAUAUGCUUUGAUCAUUUUUCCUUUUUCUUUAUUUUUUUGGCUGCACAAUCCCUGUAUGAAAUCCCUCGUGGAUGGCCAAGUUCAAAGAGAUUUUGCUCACUGAAAGCUCUUAAAUCAAUACGAGAAUUAACUAACUGCACUGUAAAAAGGAUUAUUGAUGGUACUGGUCAUGUGGAUUCAGAAAAAUGAGUCCAUUGCACAACUGAGUUCAAAUGAAUCAGCAUUGCAUGUUCAAAAAAGAAUCUCAUUUGAGGCCUUUUGUUGUUUUGAGAAAAAAAGACAAAAAAGACAAAAAAAUAUAUCAUACUUUGCAGUUGGAUUAGUUUUGAGACCUAUGCUGUCAUAUCUCAUUGUCUUUAAGCCAUGUAUGGUUUCCUAUAAUGUUCUUGUCUUUUUCUGUCAAUUUUAAUUGUGUUUUUGUUUGUUUAUUUUUUUUUUUUGCUUGUUAAUUUCUUUUUUUGAUGGGUCGGUCGGUGGUAAUCAUUGACAUAUCUCUGAUUUUCAUCUUCUCUGUUCUUACCUAAAGGAAGUUUCUUCCAGUGUUUUAUCUAAUGUAAAUCCAUCCACUGACGACAUUGUACCAACAGUAGAUAGUGCCACAUUGCUUUCCUCCAGUCAGGUUGAUUUGUUAAUGAGGAGGGAAUUCUGCCUUAAACCCAGCCUGUUCUCUCUGACAGUACUACCUGUGAACAGUUGUCAGACACACUGUAUUCUGGGGAUGCCAAAUGUUCUAUCUUCAAAUGUCAAAAAUCUGUUGUAAAGACAAACACUUUGCCGGAGUCAGUUUUGCCUCAAGCCCAUUCUGACACAAAUAAGGACGUGGUCAUCCACCUCCAUUUCCAUUGGUUACAAGGACCAAAAUGUAAACAAACUCAGCUAACUGAGCAGUUUGCUCCAAUCAAGCAUUCAAUGAGAGCCUUUAAAGAAUUUACAUUUAGUCACAGGUAAUUUUGCACCGUGGAUCUUUGUAUCAUGAAUCAUUACAUUCCCAGCUUCACUAUCUAAUUUCAUCCUCUUCGUUUGUACUCAUGCAAAAUUCAUUUAUCAUAAUAUAUUUGGAUACUUAUAUUCACAAUGAAUGGAAUAAUCAUUUCUUUUGUUAUUGGACUUGAACAAACUGAUUUACUGUUUUCUUUUUGUUCGAAACAGAGAUGUAAUUUGAAUAAGCGUUGGCUCGGGUCCGUUUCCCUGAUACGGGGUGAUAUCUCCCAUAGUGCUCCUGAACUCUGUAGUUCUCUAGUUCAUUAUAUUCUGCUUAGACUAAAAUAAAGCACAGUCCUGUAGAA